AUGCAGCCUUAUGAUUAUAGAGGGAUUAACAAUUAUUAUAAUAAUAAUAAUAAUGAUACAAAUUAUAAUAAUCAAAAUAAUGUAAAUAAACCAAUAAAUAAUCCAUUUUCUUAUAAUAGUAAUACUGAGAUUACAAAUAAUAAUAUACAAGGAAAUGAAAAUAUUUACGCACAAAAUUACUAUCAUCCACAACAAUUACAACAAGGAAUAUAUGUACAAAAUCAAACAAAUAUACAAUCAAAUAAUUUAAAUGAAAAUAUUUACGGAGAUGGAACAAAUCAAAAUGCCUAUUUAAAUCAACAACAAUAUAGAGGUGUAGCAAAUCAAUUUAUUCCCAAUGUAAACAAUAAUAAUUUAAAACAGCCAGCAAAUGUUUUAGGUUUUGAUAAUACAAAUAAUGUAAAUAAUGCACAACCAAUUAUAAAUGAAUCUUAUCAAGAACUUUUACAAUUUAAUGCUUUUUCGCAUUUUAUUAAAAGUUCAGUAAGUUAUAUGCCUGCUAACACAACGUUAAAACAAAAAUCUUAUGUACCACUAGGUUUUGUUAUACAACCAUUAGCUCCAAUACCUGAUGGAUAUCCUGAAUUGUCAUCAGUAAAUUUUGGUAAUUCAACAGUUGUACGAUGUAAGAAAUGUCGAACAUAUAUUAAUCCUUUUGUGAGAUUUGAAUCAGGAGGAAAAAAGUGGAAUUGUAAUAUGUGUUAUCAUAUUAAUGAUACUCCUCAAUUUUACUUUGUUCCAUUAGAUGAAAAAGGAAAAAGGAAAGAUCUUUUUCAAAGACCAGAAUUAUGUACAGGUAGUGUAGAAUUUAUUGCUCCAAGUGAUUACAUGAUAAGACCUCCUCAACCCCCUGUUUAUUUGUUUUUAAUUGAUGUAACAGUAACUUCUGUUAAUUCAGGAUUAUUAGAUGUUAUUUGUAAUACUAUAAAAAAGUUAUUACCAAAGAAUAAUGAUAUUAAUAAUAAAAAAUCGUUUGAUUCUCGCACUUUAAUUGGAAUUAUAACUUUUGAUUCUACUAUUCAUUUUUAUAAUUUAAAUUCUAAUUUAAAACAAACACAAAUGAUGAUAGUUCCAGAUAUACAAGAUAUUUUUAUUCCAUUACCAGAAGAUAUAUUAGUGAAUGCUCAUGAAUGUCAAAAUAUUAUAGACAAUUUAUUAGAUAACUUACCUAAUAUGUGGAGGAAUAAUAAAAUUACUGAUUGUUGUGCAGGUAAUGCAUUAAAAGCAGCAUUUAUGGUUCUGAAAAAAAUAGGAGGUAAACUUUUAUUUUUUUUGUCAUCAGUGCCUAAUAUUGGAGAUUUAACAGUUAAUUUAAAUAGGGAAACUAAAGAAAAAAGCAAAUAUAAGAAUAUAUAUAGUUCAAAUAGCUCAGGAAAUAAUAUUGUCGAUGCAAAAUUACGAGAAGUAGAAUUAUUAACUCCAUACAAUAAUUUAUAUGCAGAAUUAGCCCAAAAUAUAACACAGUAUCAAAUAGCGGUAGAUUUAUUUGCAUGUCCAUUAUAUAAUCUAGAUUUAGCUACAAUUUAUCCAUUGAUAAAAAAUUCAGGAGGUUCUUUAUACUAUUACCCGCAAUUCAAUGUUCAUCAAUAUAAUGAAAAAUUAAGAGAAGAAUUAUUAUUUGCAUUAACAACAGAAACUGCAUGGGAAUCAGUAAUGAGAAUAAGAAUUAGUAGAGGAUGGAAAAUUACAAACUGGUAUGGAAAUUUUCAAUUUAGAGGAGUUGAUUUAUUAGCUUUACCUAAUUGUCAUUCUAGUCAAAGCUUUUCUAUUAUUGUUGACUUAGAAGAAAAUGUAGUUCAAGAUUCUGUCGUCUAUGUUCAAUCAGCUUUACUAUAUACCAACUCUAAUGGAGAAAGAAGAAUUCGUCUUCAUACUUAUGCUUUACCAGUUACUCAAAAUAUUAAAACUAUAACAGAUUCUAUUAACCCUCAAGUAGUCGUAUCAUUAUUAUCUCAUCAGGCAAUUGAUAUAAGUAAAAAAGGAAAAAUAGCAGAUGGAAGAAAUUUAAUUCAAACACUUUGCUCACAAGUGCUAUCUUCUCAAUUGUUACCAUCAGAAAGUGCCAAAUUAUUAUCCAUAUACAUUUUAGGUAUGUUAAAGUCAGUAUCUUUUAGAGACAGUGGAGAUGUUCCCUCUGACUUGAGAAUAUAUCAUUGGUCAAGAAUAGAAAACAUACCAGUCGAAUCAAGAGAAGCAUAUUUUUAUCCUAGAAUGUUUAGUUUACAUAACUUAGAAAAGCAUCAUGGAAAUUAUGAUGAAAAUAACUCUAUUAUGUUACCUGAUACUUUGAAUUUAACUUGUGAAAACAUGACUCAAGAUGGCUGUUAUAUAAUUGAAGACGGAGAAACUAUUAUCAUGUGGAUAGGAAGGGGUAUUAAUCCACAAUGGGUUUAUGCAGUUUUUGGGGUUCAAUCUCUAGAUCAAUUAAAUUCAGAUUAUGCUGAAAAUCAUAUAGGAUCAACAGGUAAUCCUUAUGGAAUACAAAUUUUAAAUAUAGUUAAUGCUUUAAGAAAAAUUAGAACUCCACCAUAUAUGAGAUUAAUAGUUGUAAAACAAGGAGAUCCAUUAGAAUAUAAAUUUUUUUCAAGUUUAGUUGAAGAUAGGUCUCAACAUAUGAUGAUGUCUCUAAAAGAAUUCUUAGCAAAAAUUUGCCCAAAAUUUCCUCAAUUUGCCCCUGCUUUAAAUAAUCCACAUACUACAACACAUGGUCGUUAA